AUGCCUAACCCAAACAAGGUCACCGAGCGGCUCUUCCAGUCACCAUCCAAGUACAUACAAGGCCCUUACGCCAUCCAGAACGCCCCCAAGUACCUUUCGACGCUUGGGAAAGCGCCUCUCCUGAUCUGCGAUGAGAUAGUCGGAAAGAUUGCCGGAGAGGACCUCGUGCGCGCCCUCGAGGGCUCGUUCUCCGUCCACCGCGCGCUAUUCGGCGGCGAGGCUUCGCGCGUCGAGGUCGACCGCAUCACUGGGCUCGGGCGCGGCGCGGAGGUGGACUUCGUCAUCGCGCUCGGCGGCGGCAAGACGAUCGAUACCGCGAAGACUGUCGCGGACGCGCUCGGGGUGCCCGUCGCGGUGCUGCCUACGACCGCAUCGACGGACGCGCCGUGCUCUGCGCUCUCGGUUCUCUACACGCCCGAUGGCACGUUCGACUGCUACACGUUCUUCGCCAAGAACCCGCCGUCCGUCAACUUCGGCGGGGGGCUCCCCACGGAGGUGUCGGUCGCCAUCGGGACCAAGUGCGAGGAGAUCCUGUUCCGGUACGGGAAGCAGGCGUACGAGGCGAACAAGGCACACGCAGUCACGCCCGCGCUGGAGGCUGUCGUCGAGGCCAACACGCUCCUCUCAGGCUUGGGCUUCGAGUCGGGUGGACUUGCGGCGGCGCAUGCGAUCCACAACGGAAUGACUGCUAUCGAGCAGUUGCACAGCUUACUGCAUGGAGAGAAGGUCGCCUUUGGAACCAUCUGCCAGCUCAUCCUCGACGGCGAGACCACCGCGGAGCUUGACCGGUACAUCGAGUGGAUGGUCUCCGUCGACUUGCCAGUGACUUUCGAGCUUCUCGGGAUCCCUGAUGUCAAGGACGAUGAGCUCCGUGAAGUUGCGAAGCUCGCGUGCGCGCCUGGGGAGACGAUCUGGAAUUUGGAUAGGGUGAUCGACCCCGAGAUCGUCUUUGGUGCAAUCAAGGGCGCCGACGCAGCCGGGCGCGAUUACGUCCGGAGAUCGGGUUGGAAAAAGAGCCAGAUAGGGAGUACAUAG